GUCGGAGGUGCGCGCGGUCGCCGCUGACUCGUGCCCACCGCCGUACUCGCCCUGUGCCCCUCUCGCCGCGCACUGAAUGAUGUCCGCGCUGCCCGCCCCCAGCCGCGCACGAUGACCAAGUACAAACUGAACAACGCGCUGCGCUCCUCCUCCGAGGUGACGCUCACCUCCUACCUCGCGGCCGACGGAGCCUCUGGCAAACGGGACGACCGGCCCUAUCAGAUAUCGGUGCUGGAUAAUGAUAACCUGGACUCGGAAGCCAAUAGGAACCUAGCUGGUGUGCGCUGCGCAGGCUGCUCCUCGUGCGCGUUGCCGAGCGCGCUGCCGGGCGAGCUGGCCGCCUCGCUAGCCAAGAACGAGUGCGACAAGUUCGGACUCAACGAGCUCAAGGUCGAGGGCCUGGACAGGAAUGUGUGCCUCUGCGAGAAAUUCAACGGCGGCUGCAAGCUGUGCCCGAGACCCAGCCUAGCGCCCACGCUCAGUCUGGCCCCGACCCUCAGUUUGGGUGCCGAGGGCAAGGAGUCCUGCCUUGCAUGCCACCGCGGCGCCUGCGGCGCGCCAUACUCCAAUGCAGGCGCGGGACAGGCCCGGCGCGGCUGGCGCGGAUGGCGGGGAGCGGCGGCGCGGCGUGCGCGUGCCUGCUGCUCCGCCAAGAUGCUGCUGCGCCGUCUGCCCAUCCUCGCCUGGCUGCCCAACUACAACUUCAGGAGCGGCCUCGCCGACCUCAUUGCGGGCGUGACGGUGGGGCUGACGGUGAUCCCGCAGGCGAUCGCGUACGCGGGCGUGGCGGGCCUGCCGCCGCAGUAUGGCCUCUACUCCUCCUUCAUGGCGUGCUUCGUGUACACGGCGCUGGGCUCGGUGAAGGACUCCGCGGUAGGGCCGACCGCUAUUGCUGCCAUCCUGACGCGCGAAAAUCUGCACGGCCUCGGGCCCGAGUUCGCCGUGCUGCUGGCCUUCCUCUCCGGCUGCGUCGAGCUGCUCAUGGGCUUGCUGCAGCUCGGGUUCCUGAUCGAUUUCAUCAGCGGGCCGGUGUCGGUGGGAUUCACUUCAGCCGCGGCCAUCAUUAUCGCCACCACACAGAUUAAGGACAUCCUCGGCCUCAGCUUCCCCGGCGGCAAGUUUCUUCAGGUGUGGGCGGGACUGUACGAGCACAUCGGCGAGACGCGCCUGUGGGACGCCACGCUCGGCCUCGGCUGUCUGCUGCUGCUGCUGCUGCUGCGGAAAGUGAAAGACAUCAAGGUAGGCGUAAGUGAGAAGGGUGGCGGCGGGCGGGGGCGCGCGGCUUUGGCGCAGGCGCUGUGGUUUCUCUCCACCACUAGGAACAUCCUGGUGGUGCUGGUGUGCGCCGGACUAGCCUACUACUUCGACACCAAGAACCAGACGCCCUUCGUGCUCACCGGCGAGGUGCGCGCGGGGCUGCCGCGCCUGGCGCUGCCGCCGCUAUCGGCCACUGUGGGCAACCACACCUACACCUUCACCGAGAUGACCUCGACACUCGGCUCCGCCAUCUUCGUGGUGCCGCUGCUCUCCAUACUGGAAAACAUCGCUCUCGCUAAAGUCUUCUCGGAAGGCAAGUACGUUGACGCGACGCAGGAGAUGAUAGCUCUAGGCGUGUGCAACAUGGCGGCUUCGCUGGUCGACUCGAUGCCGGUGUCGGGCGCGCUGUCCCGAGGCGCCGUCAACCACGCGUCCGGCGUCGCCACGCCCGCCGGCGGACUCUAUACCGGCGCCCUCGUGCUGCUCGCGCUGCAGUAUUUCACGCCAUACUUCUACUACAUCCCGAAGGCGUCGCUGGCGGCCGUCAUCAUCGCCGCCGUCGUCUUCAUGAUGGAGCUGCACGUCUUCAAGCCCAUCUGGCGGACCAAGAAGGUCGACAUAAUCCCCGCGGUGGUAACUUUCGCGGCGUGCCUGCUGCUGCGCCUGGAGCUGGGUAUCGUAGUGGGCAUCGCCGUCAAUCUUUUGUUCCUGCUGUACGCCUCCGCGCGGCCCGCCGUGCGCGUCACCAGCGCCCUGUCGAGUGACGGCGUGCCUCACGUGGUGGCGAGCGUGGACCGCGCGCUGGCCUUCCCCUCGGCGGAGUACGUGCGGCGCGCGGUGCGCAAGGCGGCCGACAGAGACGCGCGCGCGCCCCUCGUACUAGACGCUUCGCACGUCCAGGCCGCCGACUUCACCGCCGCCCGGGGCAUCAAGGCGCUGAUCGAGGACUUCCACGCGCGCGGGCAGACGAUCAUCUUCUACAACGUGAAGCCCUCAAUAGCGGAGGUGUUCCGCGGCGUGCGGCCGCGCGAGUUCCUGCACUGCUCCUGUCGCGCGGAGCUCGACCGGCUGCUGCUCGAGGCGCAGCGACAGGACAAGCAGGCGCGCGUCUAGCGCCCCGCGCGGGGACGCCCCCCUGCCACGAUCUCUGAAUAUUGUACCAAAUUAACUUUGAUUGAAUUAUUCUUUUGUUGUACUAUAAAAGUGGUUCUUAUAUGUAUAGUUAGUGUGUUUGUACGUACUGUUGUAAGUAGGAAAUUUGACUGGACGAUAUUUAAGUUAAUUGUAUAAAGAACGUGGGAUAUUUUGAAGACAGUAUUGCCCGUUACUACGAUAUGUAAAAAUGUAAUAUAUUUAUAUGCCGCAUCAGAAUAGACAUAAGUAGGUAGGUAGGAUCAGCAGAGUGCGACUACGUCAGUCUCACUCUGCUUAUUCUGAGGAACUUAUUUUAAGUAACUUUAUGACGACUGAAAGUGAGACAUUUUGUUUAAAUAAAAACAA